AGCUUAAGUGACGUGAACGGCAGGAAAACACCACAAACAUCGAGAACUCGAUUAUAGCCACGCUACACGCCUCAGCACUUACCUUCAAGACGCGCUGACUUGCGUCGAGCGUACUCAUAGCCAGUCCGUUGCGGCAGACGUCGUGAAGAUCAUCAUCCAUGGCACGCUGAGAUCAUACUGAAAAUGCAAUACGCCUCUGACCCCAGCACGGAGUGCGACGCGCUUAGCAUCCUGCAAACCGAAACCAAGGCUACCCCGGACAAUACAGUUCAAAUACUCGAUGCCGUCGAGCACGAACUCAAGGACACCACUGAAACCGUCUACGCUAUCGCUACAAGCGUAUAAAGGAACGUCAGCGCUGGAGAAGAAGCAAGGGCAGCAGCCAAGGAGGCGGUGGAGGUAGGCAAAGGCCAACCUAGAGAUGACGAGACAGAUCAAGAACGCAGAAACACAGACAGGUGACACGAUCAGCUACGCUGCUAUGGUAGCUAGGGUGCCACACUAGCAGGUCCACCGAAUACACAAAUUCCUAGAACACCGUCAGUGCAGACGCAAUGACUAUCCGGCGAUACGACAUUACGCUGUGCAAAGCGGAUACAGAGGGGUGGUCGAAGGAAGGAGCGUUCGAAGCAGGCAUAACGUCGUAUGAUAGCGCACAUAGGGUUCCAACAGACCACACCAGAACACGUAACAAUCAAAUUGUCGCAAUGUCCCGUAACGCUAUGGACUCCAAUUUGUAUAUUAAGUAAUUGUAACGGUUGAGAGGAG